AUGGAUUUAUUUACUCGUCAUUCUAAUAAUUUAAAGCAGAAUGUUAACAUAAUAGAAUCAGUCUCUUCCCUUUCAGAACUUGCCAUCUUAGGAGAUUAAAAAGAAUCAGACCUCUUUGAGUAAAUUUAUGAAUACUAUCUAGUUAAUUCAUUGAAGUUAAAAUUAUAGAAGAAUUUGUGAGAAUAUUGAAAUCAACUAAGGAUACCAAUAUAGUAAAUACUAUCUUGCAUCAAAUUUCUAUGCUGAUGUACCAAAUUAUUUAAAUUAAAUAGAACAAACAUUGGAAAAAACAUUGUUGUGCUUCUCUCUUUACCCUAAUUAAACGAAUUUAUUAUUUAUAACUAUGAUCUAACCAAUGAUGAAACUUAGGAUUACUAUAUUAAUUUCAUUAAAAUUCUAUCAAAUAAGGUAACAAGAGAUAACAUCAAUUUAUUCUUUAAUUAAGUAACAAUUGAUUAUAACUUCAUUAGAGAUAUGCAUAAUUCCCACUUCUGCUAUAUUCUUAGAACUUCUUUAAUGCUAAAGAUAAUUUAACUCGAACUUACACAAGACAUAUAUUAUUAUCAAUACUUUAGAUCGUAUAAAACAGUUAGAUGGAGAAUGAACUAUUGCAAUAUCUUCAAUGCUAUCCAUUUCUGUAAGUAUUAGCAAAUCACAUUGCAUUUAUGAAAGAACUGUUAUACAAAUGGAGCAAAGAUCAAGAUUACUAUCAUGAGGAAUUAAAGAACAUGUAUUACUUUUUUAAAGAUUUGUAUCAAAUAGCACCAUAUUUGGUUGAUGUAAUUAUUAGCUUAUUCCUUAGAUCUUAGAUAAUCUAUUUUUUAAUAUCAUCAUCUUACCUCUUCUAUAAACAUUAUAAUAGAAAGAUGACAAUCUUAAACAAUAAAGUAGUCUGAUUUUAUCAAGCUUUUUCAAUGCUGAGAUUAAAUUUAGCAAGAGAAUACUAAUUAGCAUACUCAUACUAUUAUUCUCACAGGAAAUUCCAAAAUAUCAAUCAAUUUCAUUAGAAUUAAACUAUUUGCCAACCAAAGACCCAGAAUUAGUAAACUUGUGCGCAAAGUUUUUUAAAACAACUUAAAAAGAGAACAAGGAGGGAGAACGAUUAAAUGGUUUUUUAUAAUCCAUUACUUAAACCAUAUCCUAUGUUUCAUAUAAUUAAUUAUUUGCCAAGGAAAUUCCGAAGCAGGAAUUGUAUGAAGCAUUGCAAUCCUUAGGAUACAUAUAAAAGUUAAAUUCAAGCAUCUUAUUUAAGGAAAAUCUAUUGUUUUAAGAUGAAUAUACAAAUCAUUUGUAAAUAUGGUUUUUUAUAAAAUAGUCUUAAUGAAGAGCACUAUCAUUCAGUUUUAACUUUAUUAGAAACGGCUCUGACAUCAGAAACUUUAUCGAUAAUCUCAAAAUCCCAAAAGCAAAUGUUUAUUAUAAAUUUACUAAAUGUUAUGCAUGAUGAACAAUAAAAAAUAAUAAAUACCUUAAAUAAUUGUUUGAAGUCAAUUGGAAUCAUUAAUUAGUUGCUUGAAGAUUAAGAUUAGAACUUUUUCCUUUCAUUUAUUAGAUUAAAACUAUUGAGGCAAAUGGAAGAACAUAUCCAAUCUCAAACUAUCGACUAUUAUAGAUACUUUUCUUAGAUUGUGUUAUCAAUAUAAGCCAAAAGUGUAGAAAUCUUCUAAAAGAUUCCAGUAACUCAUUAGAUUAUUAAAUUCUUACUAAUUUUAGAUUUAAGUUUUUAAAAAAAUUGGCUAAAGAAUCCUUUCGUUCAAACUAUAAAUCCUCGUGUUUACGAUGAAUUAUCAUUUAAUGAUGGAUUAAUUAAAUUAUGCAAUUUAGAAAUCAUUACUAAUAGUUUACACUUUCAUUUAGAUAAAUGGAAACUAAUUACUUCAUUUGAUCAAAAAUAAACAAUAAUCUUCAUGAAUUUAAUGGAUGAUGAAAAAUUAGAAUUGGUUUUUCCUCAAGAAAGUGAAGCAGAUACAUUCAAGUAAAAAGUAUAUGAAAGGCAAUAAGACUCAGAAUAGCAUGCUAUUUCUUAAAUAAUAGCAUAAUUAUAGAAAUUAUACUUUUGA